AUGGCUAUUAUAUACGGCAUUCUCUACAUGUUAUUCGGUGCUUUUCCCAUAGUCUUCAAUGAGGAGAGAAGAUGGUCGCCCACGGUUGGUGGUCUUGCGUUUAUUGGUAUCGCAUGUGGUUUUAUCAUAGGUAUGAUCUACUGUGUAUUCGAAAAUUUUCGAUAUUCUAGGCUGGUUGACGCCUAUGCUGGUCAACCGGUACCACCCGAACAGCGUCUUCCACCGGCAAUCGUUGGCUCGUUUGCUUUGCCUAUUGGCUUAUUUUGGUUGCCUGGACCAACUAUCCAUCGAUACACUUUACUGUUCCAAUAG